AUGGACACUACCUCCAGCUUCUGCGAGAAGGGAAAGGAGUGUGAAAUCCAUCACCGCUUUCCAACGCUUACUGCGAUGCUGGUAUCCCAGGAGCGUGCAGGUGCCGAGCAUCCUGGGGAGCCGCCGGCAUUCCCGCCCGUGCUGGCUCGCAACCUUUCUUACAAACCCAAUUCUCUGUCUGAAGACCUUGUAUUUCAUGUUUGUGCUACGUUUGAAGAGUGCUUCUCGGGAAUGGAUAAAAUCCUGGGCCACUUCAGACCGAGCAAGCAGGAGCAGAAUCCUGUUUGCUUUCCCUCCGUCAGAAGGAACAGUGCCAUUCUGGAGUUUGAUUAUUUGGCUGGCUGCUCGGUGCUUCGACUGCGCCACAACUUCUUAUCUUGGUGCUUGCACGUUUGGAGAUGGACUCAAGCUAAUGUAAUAUUUGCCUUCAUAUAUUCCAGCUGCGUGGGUGUUGAAGAAGAAGAGGCACCGGAUAUCGACAUCUAUCAUUGUCCAAAUUGUGAGAAAACCCAUGGAAAGUCUACUUUGAAAAAGAAAAGAAAUUGGCAUAAACACGAUACUGGACAGACGACAGAGGUCAAACCUGUACAGAAUGGGAGCCAAGUCUUUAUAAAGGAACUUCGAAGUCGUACUUUUCCAAGUGCUGAAGAUAUAGUCGUGAAAGUGCCAGGCAGCCAACUAACAACAGAGUAUUUGGAAGAAAAUGGCUUUGCAGAGCCCAUCCUCGUCCCAAAGAAGGAUGGCCUGGGUUUGUCCGUACCCGCACCCACCUUCUACGUCAGCGAUGUUGAAAACUAUGUUGGACCGGAGAGGAGCGUUGAUGUCACCGAUGUCACCAAACAGAAAGACUGCAAGAUGAAGCUCAAGGAAUUUGUGGAUUACUACUACAGUACAAACAGGAAAAGGGUCCUCAACGUGACCAACCUGGAGUUCUCGGACACGAGGAUGUCCAGUUUUGUAGAGCCUCCAGAUAUAGUUAAGAAGUUGUCCUGGGUGGAAAACUAUUGGCCUGAUGAUGCUCUUCUGGCUAAACCAAAAGUUACCAAGUACUGCCUGAUCUGUGUGAAGGACAGCUACACAGAUUUCCACAUAGAUUCGGGAGGAGCUUCUGCGUGGUACCAUGUGCUGAAGGGAGAAAAGAUAUUUUAUCUCAUCAAACCAGCCUCUGCAAAUAUUUCUCUUUAUGAACGCUGGCAAUCGGCAGCAAACCACAGUGAGAUGUUUUUUGCAGACCAAGUAGAUAAAUGUUACAAAUGCACAGUUAAACAAGGACAGACACUCUUCAUUCCAUCAGGUUGGAUUUAUGCAACUCUAACACCUGUAGACUGCCUGGCCUUUGCAGGACAUUUUCUACAUAGUUUAAGUGUUGAAAUGCAGAUGAGGGCAUAUGAAGUAGAAAGACGAUUGAAAAUUGUCAGUCUGACCCAGUUUCCAAACUUUGAAACAGCAUGUUGGUAUAUGGGAAAGCAUCUACUAGAGACAUUCAAAGGUUUGCAUAAAGCUGGGCAACAACCUCCUGCUCAUUUACUCCAAGGAGCAAAAAUUCUCAAUGGUGCUUUCAGGUCAUGGACUAAAAAACAGGCUUUAGCAGAGCAUGAAGAUGAACUACCAGAAAACUUCAAACCAGCACAACUUAUCAAGGACCUUGCCAAAGAAAUAAGAUUAAGUGAGAAUGCUUCGAAAGCCAGCAAAGCAGACACGAGUGCCAACACAAAUGCUGAGGAGAUCUGUCCUGUGGAGAAGGAGGAGGCACCAUCGCCCGUCCAAGUGACGCCUCCGCCCCCACCUGUAGAAAAGAUCCCUAAAAAAAAGACUCCCAAAACUGUGAAAACCCCCAAGCAACUCAAGCCAUCCAAACCCCCCAAACCUCCCAAGCCACCCAAACCCCCUAAGCCUCCCAAAACACCAAAAGUCAAGGGAGAAGGAAAAAAGAAAGGAAAGAAGGCAAAAGAGAGCCCACCGCCAGCCAUCCCGAAUCUCGACUUGCUGGAGGCACACACAAAGGAGGCUUUGACAAAGAUCGAGACGCCAAAGAAGGGGAAGGCUGCAAAGAAUGUUUUAAGUGUUCCCAAUAAGGAAACUGCUAGUAAGCAGAACGAGGUGGAGAAAUUGGAAGUUCGAGAGCAAAAUAAAAGCAAAACAGAAGCCAAAUGGAAAUAUAAGAACAGUAAACCUGAUUCACUUCUAAAAAUGGAAGAGGAACACAAAUCGGAAAAGACGCCUUUAUCAGGAAAUAAGGACAACAAAUUUACAUUCUCUUUCUCUAAUAAGAAGUUGCUUGGUUCAAAGGGAGUCAAAACCCAGCUGAAUACUAGUGUGUUUGGGUCACUGCAGAAUUUUAAAGAAGAUAAAGCAAAACCUGUACGAGAUGAAUAUGAAUAUGUGUCAGAUGAUGGUGAACUAAAAAUCGACGAGUUUCCGAUCAGAAGGAAGAAAAACACUACAAAAAGAGAACUGCCCUUUUUGUCAGAUAAAAAAGACACUCUGCAGCACACUCCUGUUAAGAAGCCAAAGGUGGAGUCGGUAUCAUACAAGAGCGAUGACUCAUCAGAUGAAGAUCUGCUUCACAUUGACACAGAGGCAAAGCCAGGGCGCAACUCCAAAGUAAAGAAAGAGAGUGGAAGUUCAGCAGGAAUUCUUGAUCUUUUGCAGGCAAGCAAGGAAGUUGGGGGUUUAGAGUAUAACACCAACAGUCAGCCACCUGCCUCACCCAGCACGCAAGAAGCAAUCCAGGGUAUGCUAUCGAUGGCAAACCUCCAGUCGUCAGAGUCCUGCCUCCAGACGGCAUGGGGUACCAAUCAGGCGAAGAAUAACUCCAUCUCCACACAAAACUCUAAAAAAACUGGUGGUGGCAGCAACAAAAAUGCCGGCAAGCGGUUACUAAAGAAAAGCACAAAGAACAGUAUUGACAUCGAAGAUUACGAUGAAGAUCAGGACCACUUAGAUGCCUGUUUUAAAGAUUCAGAUUACGUUUACCCUUCUCUCGAAUCAGAUGAAGAUAAUCCAGUAUUCAAAUCCCGAUCAAAGAAAAGGAAAAGUUCAGAUGAUGCCCCUUACAGUCCAACGGCACGAGUUGGCCCCUCAGUGCCUCGACAAGACAGACCGGUGCGAGAGGGCACGAGAGUCGCCUCCAUUGAAACUGGACUCGCCGCUGCUGCCGCGAAGUUGUCUCAGCAGGAGGAACAAAAAGGCAAGAAGAAAAAAAAUACCAAAAAGAAGCUGUCAACCAACAACGCGAACAAACCGGCUCAGGAAGGCAGCUCGCCAGAGCCGAAGCUGGAGUCACAUGCCAGCAGCCUCACAGAUCACGAGUACACCGCAGGGGCCAGCACCUUUGGGGUCGCCCAGCCUAACAGGGGAUCGCAGCCGAUGGCACCUGGUGUUUUCCUCACACAGAGGAGACCCUCAUCAUCCUCGCAGAACAAUGCCUCCGCCAAAGGUACCAGGAAACGCCUGGGGUUAUGGUGUAGGAAUGGGGAAGGGUGA